AUGGUAAUGCAGGCAUUGGCGGUGGGCACACAUCACAAACAGAUUUUAACUAUUGAAAGUUUAAAACAACUGCUACAUUGUCGAUUCAAAUCUAAAGAAAUUACACAUUUUGCCCAAAAAAUGUCUGAAUAUCAAAAAGGGGAAAGAACUUGCCCUCGUCCUCCAACCAGGCGACGUCGGAUUGAAGAAGUUGUUUCUGCAGUCUCCACCAGGGAAGAUAGGGAGUUUGUCAUUCACAGCAGUGAGAAUGAACUCCUUAUCCAACUGGUGGAGGCUGCGUCCCUCACUAUGGGACCCCUCCGACCGCCAACAUGCAGACCAUCAUCUCACCCAGCGGCUCUGGAGGGAUAUUGCCAAGAAUUCUUCUCUGGCUGGGAGGAUCUCUCUGCGGCGGACCAAAAAGAAUGUGUGGACAAGAUUAUCACUCGGUGGCGGUCAAUCCGGGACCGCUUCAAGAGAGAGUACAAUCGUGAGGUUCACGCCCCGAGUGGCUCUGGAGCCAGACCACAGAAGCCCUACGCCCACAAUGAGGCGUUGGGGUUUCUGCGUCCGACGCUGGGCCUUCGAAGAACUACCAGCAGCACUCGGGAGCCUGAACCCUCUCUUGAAGCGGACCCAGGACCGGCCGCCACCACCAGCCCUCCUGUCCCUCAUUCACCUGUUCGGGUCAAUCCUGGUCCCCUACCUGGUCCCUCUUUUCAACGUACGCUCUCAAGAUGGCGAGAAAAUGUGAGAGCUACGUUGAAUCGCAGGAGACCAGGUAGGAGCCGUCGGGAAGACUAUGGGGACCUUGUAGAGAUCGUUUCUGAUGCUCUGGAAGGUUUCGCAGAAGACAUGCGUCGAGUUGUGGAAGACUUGGCACGCCGAGGGGAGGGGGCGGAGUCGGCACGUCAACUCUCCCAACACGAACAUUUCCUGCAAACCAUGGUCCCCCGGAUGGACCAAAUGAAUCCUGAGCAGGUGCAUGAGUUCCGUAUUAUGAUGGAGAAUGCGUCGUGGGAAAUCCUGCACCGCCCCCCACCCACUACCUACCCCCCACCCACUACCUACCCCCCACCCACUACCUACCCCCCAACCCAUGUGUAUCAACACACUCAAAGUCUACCUUCCCAUUCACAUCAUCCUUCCCUUUCCCAACCCCCCGAGCAUGGGUACAAUCUACCUUCUUUUUCUGCAACUCCCUCUCCUCCUCGCUAUCAUGCUCCUACUUCUUUCCCCACUCAUUCUUUGUCCCAUGCUCGGGAACAAUCAACUCCCGACCCUUCCACUCACCACACCCCCAGAAAUCCUGCAUCCUUUCCCACGGCGCAUCAUUUUCAGUCCUCAUCUGAAGACAGGGGGGCUUCUGCCGCUGUUCCAGGACGGUCCACUCCCCAACGCUACACCUCCCCUAAACGUUUUACCAAGUUCUAA